CUCGUCUCAUUUGUACAUCUGGAUCUUUCCAGUCACGGCUUGCACGUGUCUGAUGAUUAAAUAAUCAUUUUGACUUUCGAUUAGAUGCCACAUUUGCAUGAUUGUACCCACGUUCUCAGAGUCCAACUGAUUUAUUUUCUAAAUUCAUGGAAACGGGAUUUGGAGAGAGGAAGCCUUCACCAAGUGCGAGGAUGAGGAAGCAGUAAUUGAGAAGGACGAAGAAGGCGUCGCUCCGAAACAGCCACCCCCUUCCCCGAAUACAGAUGCGCAACGAGCCGGUAUCUCUCCAAGUUUAUCUUCUUUCGACUGGCAAACCACCGCCUGGAUCACCCAACUCGCCGCAGGAAUAGGUUGAGUGCUCUGAUUCCAUGGGGCUCAAACGAAUGCAAACCAUCCAGGGGAGAGAGAGAGCGCGAGAGAGGGGGAGGGGGGAGAGAGAGCGAGCAUUAGUGGAGCGGAAGAGUGAGGAAUCGAGCAAGAUGGGGGAGAUGGAUGCGGGAUUUGCGAAGCUGCAAGGAGAGGAUUUCGAGUAUUAUAUGCAGACAUAUUCGAUAGUGUUGGGGAGGAAUAGCAAGAAAUCGUCGGUGGAUGUGGACUUGGCGGCGUUGGGAGGAGGAAUGAACAUCUCCCGUCAGCAUGCGAAGAUUCUUUACGACUUCGAUCGGCAGCGGUUCGUGCUAGAGGUUUUGGGGAAGAAUGGGUGUUAUGUGGAAGGGGUGCUACACUUUCCUGGGACGUCUCCCGUGAAGCUGGAUUCACAAGACCUUCUACAGAUCGGAGAGAAGCGAUUCUACUUCCUUCUCCCGGCGAAGAAGAUUGCGCGCUCGGUCGCGGCCGUGCCAAGCCCUAUUGUUCGUAGAAAACGGGCUGCAGUUGGUGCUGGUGGAGCACCUUCGGCGUCCUUGGUGCUGUCUUCUGCGCCCACACCUGCGCCUACGCCUGCAAGGAAGCCGAGAGGACAAGGGAAGAAUGGCCAGGCUGGAGGGGAUGCCAGGGAACGGAAACAGGCUGUUGUUGCUCCUUGGAUGGGUCACCAAGAGGUGAAGCCUUCUCCUCCGCAAGGUAGCACCACGAGGGCGGCACGGGAAGGAUACAGGCAUGACGAGGAUGAGGCGGACGUGGUACAUGAACAGUUUGAGGAAAAAGAAGUGGCGAAAGCAGUAUUAGAGAAGCUGCAAAGUCAGUAUCAUCCUGGAGAGUGGAUGGCUGUGUCCAAAUUGCAUGCUGAUAUUGUAGACUUCUUCCAGAGCAGGCAAAUGUCACCCCAGCUUAUGCAUGUCUUGGGCAUGGAUGAAUACAGACAAGAACUAGACGGUAAAGGAAACGGCAAAGCUUGGUCGGGGCUCGUGAAUCUCCUGAAGAAGUAUCCUCGGCACUUUGUCAUCAACACCAAGCUGAAAGGAGGAAUUAGGGUUGAAUAUGUUUCGCUUUAUCCUGAGGAGCAAUAGUCGACUCCCAAGGAUUCGGUGAGGCAAAAGUAGUCUCGUUUUAUUUAUUUAUUUAUUUUGUAACUCUCUCUACAUAGUCUGUCCAGUUCAAGGUUUGAGGAUGACCAUGUAAUUAUUUGCGUGAAGCCGUGGAGAUGCAACUCCGAAGGCGUUGGUGAUGCAGCGUGCAUUCGGUGCGGUCAUUUGGUCAUAGAUAUAUCCAAUUGUUAAUUCAAUUCGGGACUUACAAGGAUGGUAUCCACGGCAUUCAACCCGUGCUGACAGGAAGAGAGAGAGCUCGCCCACGCGAGAGAGAGAUUAUGGUGAAAUUCUUUCUGUCUGGAUGAAUACAAUAGACAAUCGCCUCUCUAGAUUAGGGCUCCUCCACAUGUGUAUUUGACCUUGUCGGUAAUUUUUUUAGAAAUGCAACGUCUCCAUCUAGUUGGGAUCUACAUUCGAUUCUGUUGCAGUAUUUCCCUGCUACAAAUAUGAACGAUGUGAUAGUUCGGACACUA